ACGUCAAAUAACUGUCAAUGUCUAUCUAUAUAAAUAACUAAACUAUGUAAUAACAAUUCUAAAUAAACACUAAACCUGCAAUUAAAAGUUAGAAAAAAAUAUAUUUAUUUGAUUUUCAAGUAUAUCUAUUGUUACCCAAUUCUCUCCGAUACUAAAUAAAAAGUACUUAAAAGAUGAUUGUUACAGCAGAAAUGACAGAAAAGGAAAUUAUAAAUGAUUUUAAAGAGAAUUACGGUAAAGUACGUAAACUACUAGACGAAGACAGCAAAAAUGAUCCGGAAAACGAACCUUAUUUGUCCAAAUACAAAGCGAAAGAAAUAUUAAAUAAUAUGCGUGAAUGUCUUGGUAAUGUGGCAGAUAGGGAUAAUUUGGACAAAAUUAAGCUCGAGGCCAUGUUAGGAGCUGUCUUAUUGAAUAUUGGGAUUAUUGAUAUGGAGACAGAGGACUUUCCGUCCAGUGAGAAAGUGUUAAUGGAGGCAGUGGAUCUAUUGACACAGAAUUGUGGAAAGCCGGAGAUUGUAACGACUUUAAUAAAUGUCUAUAAUAAUUUAGGUAUUCUGUGGUCUAGUAGAGAUGAACCAGAGAAAGCAAAAAGCUUUUUAAUUAUGGCUAAAGAGUUGUAUGAGACAUUUAAAUGUACUUUAGAGAUGCCCCUACCUAUAGAGCAUAUAAUCACUAAUUCUGGUGAAGCAUAUGUUGGUGAUUUUAUGUUGCUGGAGAAAGCGCAUACAUUGACACUGUAUUACUUGGCUCAGGUAUUUGGAUCUUUGAAAGAGAAUCUCAAGUCUGCUGUUUAUUGCCAUGUCACAUUGAGAAGGCAACUUCAGUACUCUGAUUAUGAACCAAUUGACUGGUCUUUGAAUUCUGCAACAUUAUCUCAGUUUUUUGCAGAGCAAAAUGGUUUUCAGUCUAGACACCAUUUGGCUGCAGCAUCAACAGUUUUAGAAAAAUAUGAAGAAAAACUGAGGGAGGAUGACAGUAAUGAUGAAGUGUCUCUGGCUAAAUUAGAAACUUUUAAGCACAGGUCUGCUGAUGUUGCACGCUGUUGGGCUAAAUAUUGCUUGUUACUCAUGACUGCUUCAAAGGCAAGACUCAUGAAUGAUGCAGAAAGAAUGACUGAAGCUAUCACAGAUAUGUCUAACUUGACGUUAGAAGACACUGAAAAUAUUUGUGGGGGUGAUAUGAAGACUUUAAUCUUUCCAGACAUUGAUGUAUCAAAAUAUGAAAGCAAAAUAGGAGACAAAUAUUUAUUGACAUACCAAGAUGCACGCGAAGUAUUCUUAAGUUGUCAAACGUGGUUAAACAAAGCAAAAGAGUAUUAUAAACUUGAUAGUCUGGCUUCUGAUUAUAUUGAACUUGUACAAGAUAGUUCACAAUCCUAUAGCUAUUUAGCAUUCUUUGAAGAAGACGAUGAAAGAAGAGCUAAAAUGCAUAAACGCCGCAUUGAUAUGCUCAAAGAUUUGAUAAAGGAAAUUAAUCCGACAUACUACUUACAGUACUGCAGGCAGCUAUGGUUUGAACUUGGCGAAGUAUAUUCUGAUAUUUUAAAUAUAAAAUUGGACAAAGUAAAUAAAAAUAAAGAGAAGCCAACACCACAUGCUCUGAAGAAAGUGAACAUGCUAUGUGAGAAAAGCAUAGAGAACUAUGAUAAAUUUUUAAAUUCUGUCAAAGACAAAAAUGGUCAGAUGCCGAGGAAACUUGAAUUUGAGCUUAUACGGCCUGUUAUAAGUGCUUACGCGUUUAUUGGUAGGAAUAGUAUGAAAAGGAUAGCUGUAGACAAAAAUAUUCAAUUAUGUCAUGUUCAAAAAAGUUAUGAUUCAUACAAUGCAGUGGUUGAGAUAUGUAGCAAUGAUAGGGAUGCUGCUGCUAUGAUGCAUGAAGAGUACAGUUUAUGCCAGGAGAUGGUCAACAUACUACCAAUUAAAAUAAAAAAACUUCAAACUGAAUUGGUCGCUACAUAAAUAAAAUAUUCAAACAUUUACUGUUGAAUUGUAAAGAUCUCAUAUUUGUUACGAAGUCCAUCAGGUUUUGAGGCUUAAGCUGUUUAACAUUUUUCAUGUUAUGCUUUUUUUAAUUUGAUGCAAUAUUUAUACAGAUAUUUUUUUGUAUUGUAUGUAGGCCUCUUAAGCAAAUUAUAUUGUGUGAAAUAUGAA